GGGAAGCAGAGAAUCCCUACAACCGCCAUUGCCAGGAGCUCUCGGUCAAUCGCGCUCUGGUGCCCAAAGUCAACAUGGAGGCCAAUUCAAUUGGUGGAGAUCGUCCCCCGGGCCAGGCACCCAAGGAGAAGAAGUGGUCGGAUGCGGAGUUGGCGUUAAUCCAUGCUGCUAUGAUGGAGGAGCUUGGAGUUGGCCGCAAGGACACUCUGCCUCUCGAUGAUAAAGGUGUACAAAUACAGGUCAGCAAGCCGGUCAAGAAGCAAAUUGCAGAUGAUCCAAAUGAUCCGGCAGCCCGAUGGAGAAAUAUCCAAUUUGAUGAUGUCGAUCCGGCCGAAGCCGAGCUUGAUAGCAUGUACGACGGACAGCUGUAUCGCUUGAGGAAGGAGGCAAUGAGUAACUCGCACCAACAAGGAUUCUCCGACCGAGGUGGUCGAAUCCCUAGUCGUGGCCGUGGUGGUGGAGCAAAUAGAGGAGGUGGCAGUGGCCGUGGCGGCUCUAGCAGAGGUGGACAUAAUCCUGGACAGACAGGACGAUCUGAGAUACCAAAUGUUGCCUCACACCGUUCUGGUCGAACGCCGAAG